AUGAGCUCACAGUCCUCAGGGCGCCAGCGGAUAAAUAUGGAAGAGUACUCGGCAGAAGAAGAGGCAUUAAGUAUCAUUUCAGAGGCAGCUGAUAUCCGGUUAGCUGCCAAGAAGGCUUUUAUGGUUGAAGCCAAAGAAAUACGCUCCAAGGAAAUGGAAAAGCAGCAGAAAGAGUCUGGAUCAGAACAAGAUGACAUUUGUAAUGAUUCUACACAUGAUGCUGCUGCUGUUAAGACUGACGUCGGAGAAUUAGAGAAGAAGUACAAAACUGCUAUGGUAAACAGUGCCCAGCUUAACAAUGAGAAUCAGUCUUUGGUUUACCAGGUGGAGCUUCUGAAAGAUCAGAUGGAGGAGCUUGAUGAGGCACAUACUGAACUACAGCGACAUUAUAAAGAGAAGUGUCGGGAGUCAGACUUUCAGAAGCGAGAUUUACAGAGUUUGGGAAAAGAUUUGAAUGUAUUAAAACAACAGCUUGAAAUCACCAGCAAGUUAUUAGCAGAAAGUGGUUUGAUCAUUCUUGUUAAUGAGAAGGGGGAGCCUGUACUUGAGAAGUCAUCCCAGGUCAAGUUGAGUAACAAUAAUACUGUAUUCCUUGGGAAUGUUGCUCUGGCAUCUACGGAAUCUCAUAGCCUUUUAAAGAAAACUGAAGAAAAAACAUGUGAUACUGCAGCUGUAGCAGCUAAAAAAUCAGCUGAUAGUGUCCAGGUUUCUAACUCUGUUGAUGAAGUUGAUGGGUCCGCAUUUGCAAAAGUUUCAGAUGACUCUAAAGAUGGUGCUGACAGAAUUACUCUGAAUGAUAGUAGUAUUGCAAUAGCAAGCACGCCUGUGUCUUGUGAGAAUGAAGUUGUAAAUGUUGGGCUAACACAGGGAGUUGAAGGGGAUAGAAUCUCUUUGGGUAGUAAAUCAUUGGUAACUCAGAGUGAUAUAGAUUCAGAAUGUCAGGACACAGACAACUCUAGUCUUAUUGUGGGGAAUUCAGUUGGUGCUCAUGAAGCUUCUUCACGUCUUGAAGCAGAACCUGACAAUGUUUUGGCUGAAGAUGACGUUGAUGAAUUCUUUGAUGCAGUUAGCACACCAUCUCCAUCCAGCAAAACUGUUAGUUAUGAUGAGCCGGGAGUUUAUGACCAGAAUGAGUUAACCAGUGAAGGUUCCUCUGUAGACCCAGAGAUCAGAAUUAAAGAAGCCCCCUCUCAUACCAGUACUGAGUUGAGACAAAGCAUUACAUUGGACAAUGUUACAGAGACAGAAAGCAGCACAGAUGUCAUAGAUGAAAGUGAAGCACAUGUUGAUGAAGAAAAUAUCCCUGGGGCUGAAUGUAACACUGAUAUUACUAAUCAAAAUAAAAAUGUUGAUUCCUCAAAAGAGAUUAUUGAAGUUAAGGAAGAACAAACAGUUCUUUUAGAAACGUCAGACAGUAAUCAAACAGAGAUUGGAGAUUUUCCAAAUGAAAAGCCGGCUAGUGCAGAUAAUUUAGUGGAAGAAGCCAUUCCAGAAGAUAAACCAGGUGAGGAAGGCAAUUUAGGAACUGGUGUCAUACAUAUCAACAAAGAUUCUCAGGAAGUUUUCUGUGAUAUUUUGCAAGAUGUUGUACCAGUGGAUGCUGUAGCAAGUCCAGAAGAGGAGGUGAUGGAUGAGCAAAACAAAUCAGAUAUUACUCAACCACUAUCUUGUGAAGUACCAGAUAGCACUGCUGUAAAUUUGGAAAGUAAUGUUUGUGUUCCUUGUUUGUCAGAAGAAACACCACAGGUGUCUGCAGACAGGCAAGACAUAGAUGUUACUGCAGAAGAAAAAGGAGAUACAGAAUCAGAUACACUGAGUGCAGAAGGUGCUUCUGAUGUAAAUGAUACUCAGGAUGUGGGACAGGAGGCUAGUAUUGAUGAAUCUCUAGUUUAUGAUAGUCAGAACAUUAGUUCUGAGAAAGGUAAUGAGGAACCAAAUGUGCCAGGUACUACAGAGAUUUUACCUCAUGAUGCCUUUGAAAAACCAGAUACUGAAAACAAAACGGAUACAGAAGCAGACAUAGGAGAACAGUCGUCAAAAAGUAUACUAAAUACAGAAACUGAGAAUAAAGAUGAAGAAAAUCUUGUUUGUAAUGAUAUUAUUGAAACGGGGGACUCAAGGGUGGCUAGCUUAGAAGAAGAAGAUGCCAGUUGUAGUAUUGAGCAUACUAACAAUAACACUGAAGAAAAUGAAUGUGAAGAUGACACAGACUUCCCUGUAAAAGAUUCUUCAAAGCUGGCAGUUAGAACUACAAGUGUUGGAGGUUCUGAGGCUUCAGAAGGAGCUGUUGUUGAUGACUAUGAUUUAGAUGACAUUGAUGAUGUGCUGAGUACUGAUGCCCCAUCACAUAGUGGGGCAGAUUUGAACACAGCCCCAAGCAGUGAAGCUGUAGCAACAGAACCACUUGUUCACGAGAACAAGAGUAAUGCGAAUUCACCUGGCAAGAUUGAUGAGGAUAAAGAAGGGGGCGCUAAAGCUAAAGGCAGUAAGAAAAGCAAAAAAACUGGCAAGAAAAGCCACUCAGAGAAAGCAGAAAAGAGUAAAUCAGGCGAAAAAGAGAGCAAAGAUAAAGCAGAAAAGACUAAAAGUAAAGAAAAACCAGAGAAGAGUAGGUCGAGUAAGAAAGAGUCUUCUCAUGAAAAGAAGACAGAGAAAAGUAAGAACAAAAAAGAUGUGGCUCAGGAUAACAGGUCAGAAUCUGUUAGUGGGGAGGAGGACAAGCAUAGCAUUGCUGAAUCACAAACAUCACUUGAACCAGAUGACUUGGAACGGGCUCUUGACAAGCAGAUGUUGGAGUCUGAAAAAUUAAAGUCUCCGAAGAAAUCAACCAAAAAAUUGUCUAUUUUCAAGAAGGUCUUCAAGUGA